AGUGUCGGUCGUAUCCUCAUCCAGAGGUUCGACAUCCUCCCCGGUCCCACCGACGCGCCUCUUUGGGUGUGUGUGGCUCGGAGCGCGUCCCCACGGUGCUGCUGCAAGCCCCUUUCAGCUGCGCACAUGCUCAGUGCAGAUCGCUCUCUAUCUGUAAUGGCUGCGGGAUGAAGUGAUAUGAGUCCAGGUGCCGUGUCUUCUCGGUAGGGAUGCUCUUUUCCUGAGUCCGACACACGCUACAUUCCUCCGCCACCAUGGCUGACAUUGGAACGGAGAGACGUCUUGGAUUGCAGUGAAGAGCAGUUCUGAUAGUUCGGGUUCUAUCCGUGGUGCUUCCAGCCAGAAGCUGCGUGCUGCCGUGUGCCGAGAGCGAGAGGCGUGAUGCCAGUGAAGGAGCGCGUGGAGGCCGUGCUGAACGUGGGCCUGCGUGUGCCCAGCAUCAUGCUGCUGGAGGUGCUCUACCGCUGGGACGUCGGCUCCUUCUUCCAGAAGAUCCAGAGGAGCAGCCGGAGCAACAACCCCCUUUUCCAGUACAAGUACUUGGCCCUCUACCUGCACUAUGUGGGCUACAUCCUGAGUCUGGUUCUGCUCACUCUGCCACGCCAGCAUCUGGUGCAGCUCUACCUGUAUGUCCUCACUGCCCUGCUGCUUUUCGCUGGACACCAGAUCUCUAGGGACUAUGUGCGUGGUGAGCUGGAGUCCGGCUACGAGGGCCCACUGUACCUGGAGCCACUUUCCAUGAAACGCUUCACCACAGCGCUUGCCUGCCAGCUAGUGGUGUGCACCCUGUGUUCCUGUGUCAUGCAGACCAAACGGAUCUGGCUAUUUUCCGCUCACCUGCUCCCUCUGGUGGCCAGGCUGUGCCUCGUCCCUCUUGAGACCAUUGUGUUUGUGAACCGCUUUGCCAUGAUCUUCACUGGCCUCGAAGUCAUUUACUUCCUCGCCUCCAACCUGCUGGUGCCCUUCAACUUGGCCAAGACUGCAUACAGGGAACUGGCACAGGUGGUGGAGGUGUAUGGGCUCCUGGCCCUGGGCAUGUCCCUGUGGAACCAGCUGGUGCUGCCUGUGCUCUUCAUGUGUUUCUGGCUGGUGCUGUUCGCCCUGCAGAUCUACACCUACUUCAGCACUCGAGAUCAGCCCACAUCCAGAGAGAGGCUGCUCUUCCUCUUCCUCACAAGUAUUGCGGAGUGCUGCAGUACUCCGUAUUCUCUGCUGGGACUGGUCUUCACAGUGUCAUUCGUGGCUCUGGGGGUGCUCACACUCUGUAAGUUCUACCUCCAGGGAUACAGGGCUUUUAUGAAUGACAACACCAUGCACAGGGGAAUGACAGAGGGCAUCACUCUCUUGAUCCUGGCUGUCCAGACGGGCCUGAUUGAGCUGCAGGUCAUCCACCGAGCCUUCCUCCUCAGCAUAAUCCUCUUCAUCGUGGUGGCCUCCAUCCUGCAGUCCAUGCUGGAGAUCGCUGACCCCAUCGUGCUGGCGCUGGGGGCAUCCAGGGACAAGAGCCUGUGGAAGCACUUCCGGGCUGUGAGCUUGUGUCUGUUCCUGCUGGUCUUCCCCGCCUACAUGUCGUACAUGAUCUGCCAGUUCUUCCACAUGGACUUCUGGCUUCUCAUCAUCAUCUCAUCUAGCAUCCUCACCUCUCUGCAGGUGCUGGGUACACUUCUCAUCUACGUGCUCUUCAUGGUGGAGGAGCUGCGCAAAGCGCCGGUGGAGAACAUGGAUGACGUGAUCUACUGCGUGAACGGCACGUACCGCCUGCUGGAGUUCCUGGUGGCGCUGUGCGUGGUGGCCUACGGCGUGUCGGAGACGGUGUUCGGCGAGUGGACGGUGAUGGGCUCCACCAUCGUGCUGGUGCACUCCUACUACAACGUGUGGCUGCGGGCGCAGCUGGGCUGGCAGAGCUUCCUGCUGCGCCGCGACGCCGUAAACAAGAUCAAGAGCCUGCCCACGGCCUCCACCCUUCAGCUCCAGCACCACAACGACGUCUGCUCCAUCUGCUAUCAGGACAUGACUUCGGCCGUGAUCACACCAUGCAGUCACCUUUUCCACGCCGGUUGCCUGAAGAAGUGGCUGUACGUGCAGGAGACCUGCCCUCUGUGCCACAGUCAGCUGAAAAGCUCAGCCCAGGGUAGCCCCACGGCCCAGGCUCCCGCGCGCACAGAGGCCGGCCUGAGCGACGUGCCCGGGGGCAGCCUCCGGGACACCCGGGCGAAGGCGUCCAUCCGGGCCUCGGGCGUCGAGUGCACGGCCGAGGUGGGAACAGGGGGUGGUGGGGAGGUCUGCCCUCUCCCGGGCAACGGAGGGCUUCCCCUCUCCACUUCCGUUGGCUAACGCCCGCCCCUGCUUGGCCCCCGGGCCCGUUGGGAGCCGCACUUCUGCGAUGUCAUACUCACCUUACACAAUGCUGGCCUAUGGCGGGUCGCUGUGUUACUCUCUGGGUGAUGUACCUCUUGCUGUAGGAACUCUAUGUUCAUCAGACAUCAUCUCUUUCGGCCCACCACCAAAUACAAUACGGACCCUCCAUCCCAGACGAUGAUCUUCAUUUCCAGCUGUUUCAUGCUUUCACAUUUCCCUUUGCGGUGCAUUACAGAGGCAUUUGCCUCACGUGAAUGCUUUACCUGGACAAGGGAACAUUUAACUCCAUAUGCCUGUUAAGUUCAACCUGCAAACCUCCAUGAUGUCAGGCUCUCCCUCACCCCAGGACUGCAAGAUUUAAAGGUCUAGACCAGUCUAGAUCCACCUGAAUCAUUUGACCUUUGAAGACAGCACUUGGAGGCACUGUAAGCACCCAGCACGUAUUUGUGGUAGCCAGAUUUUUCUCCCAGUUAUUAAUACUUUUUUUUGUUUUCUUAUAUGCAUAUGCCACUGCAUUUGCACUAAUGUAACAUAAAGCAAUGCUCCAAAGUUGUCUUGUCAGGUACCAAAUAUUUUGGUGUGUAUGCAUUGAAACAAGUCAUAGAUACUAAUUAUAGCUGUGUACAAACGUCUGUGUAAAAAGGUUUUGAUAUGCAGAACUACAGUAUUAUGCAGCACCAGGCAUUGUGUGAAGUGGCCUUAAGCUUGUAUGAACACUUUAGUGACCUCUAGUGGUAGGAGUGAGAAUAGCUGACAGCCAUGGAUUUGAACUGGUGCCAGUAGAUGAACGAAGUCCCUCUCUUCAGUAUUAUUUGGCAUUUAUUGCAUUUGUAAGCAUGAAUACAUUUAACAAUGUAUGAACAAACUUGGCAAAUGCCUAUCUUUAUUUAUUUGUUUUGCAACUUAAUGAAUUUUCUCAUUGUUCCUUACGGGAGAGAUGCUUGGCUUAGUGGAAACAUAAUUUUUACAUUUACUGUUGGGGUGAUUUUUUAAACGAAUGUUUUCAGUAUAUUUUGCCAUUUGAAUCUAACUUUGACUGAGAAUGGAAAGUCUGAUCAUUGCAGCAUUCUAGUUUUAUUCUCUUGUUCACUAUUUUACUACAUGAACAUGUGAAAUGAUGACUGAGAAAGCUGACUACUGUUUGAACCACAGCUGAGCUCAGUAAACGUUGCCUGAAGUUUGAUAUAACUAGAACUGAAUGUCAGAAUAAAUCAAAACCUACUGUAUGAACUCA